AUGAUAAGCAACAAAUUCUUUAUUCUGUGUGUCGAAAAACCGCUAGACAAAACCAUGUUUUCAAUGCACAAUGGAGGAUUGGUACCGCUGGACGAUUUCAAGCAGCAGCUGAUUCUGAAACCAUCGUCCAUUCUUUUUGUGCAGGAUCCAAUUGAGUUAUCCGAUAAUGUGGCAAAGAAUGUCACGAGUAAAGCUCUCAAAACGAUGAGGCAUGCAAUGAUGCUUUCGUUAGCCGCAAUGAAGCAAAAUGCGGAUUCCUUUGCAGUGAUGCUUCGUGUCUUGAAAAGUGACUCGACAAGCUCUUCACCAGCGCCAAAUAUGCCUCCUACAGAAGGAUCUUGUCGUGUCUCUGGAUUUCCGGAGGGAUUCGAUGAGGGUACAGCUGAAACGGUACUUACUAUGAUUCUCUCUGCAGUUCUCUAUUGUGAGACUCCGGCAGCUCCCGCAAAAAGGAUUCGCUUUGAUUGUGAAACAGCGGACUUGGGAACUUUUGUAGCGUGUAAGAAACUAUGGAUGUCAAGAAGAACGCUCCGAAAGAAGUGGAGUGGAUUGCUGAAGCCCGAUGAGCAGUUCCCUCUGCUUAUCGAGGGCCUGGUGUCCAUGUCUUUGAAUUCCACGGCUCCUAGCGAUUGCGGUCUGCUAUUUCAUACCUUCUUUGAUGUUCAUAAGGAUUCGCUUUGGGUUGGUUUGAAGCUGAUGGAAGGCGAAGCGGUCGAUGUAGCGAAUGUGGCUCACUUUAUUGAGCAAAUGCUGACGAAGACGCGUGAUUAUUUACUCAAUGACAGUAUGGGUAGAGGCCUCAUGCCUCUGGACGAUUUCACAUCGCAGCUGAAGAUAAUAUUCGAACGCGAGAAGCAUCAACUAAAGUAG